UGCUUCCUCAUUCUCAUUCAAAACCUGCUUCCUGCUGAGUCUGCAGAGACAAGAGACUGGAUCAUCUAGCCCUACCCAUGGAAACUCAGGCUGAUCAUGUAUCUCAGGAACCUCAGGCCCUGCUUGAGAGUGCUCUUCCUUCUUCAAAAGUUCCUGCCUUUUCCAACAAGGACAGCCUGGGAGAUGAGAUGUUGGCAGCUGCCCUCCUAAAGGCCAAGUCCCAGGAAUUGGUGACAUUUGAGGAUGUUGCUGUGUACUUCAUCCGGAAGGAGUGGAAGCGUUUGGAACCUGCUCAGAGGGACCUCUACAGGGAUGUGAUGCUGGAGAAUUAUGGGAAUGUGUUCUCACUGGAUGGUGAGACCAGAACCGAGAAUGAUCAAGAAAUUUCUGAAGAUACAGGAUCACAUGCGGUGCUACUGGGAAGAUUCCAAAAGGAUAUUUCUCAGGGUCUUAAGUUUGAAGAAGCCUAUGAACGAGAAGUCAGUCUAAAGAGGCAGCUGGGGAACUCCUCUGGAGAAAGAUUGAAUAGGAAAAUGCAAGAUUAUGGUCAAGUGACAGUUGGGGAAAAGCUAACACCUGUGGGAGAGAGAAGUGAGAAAUAUGCUUUCGGGAACAGCUUCACUGUGAGUUCCAACCUUCUUUCCCAUCAGAGACUUCCUGUGGGAGACAGACCCCAUAAGUGUGAUGAAUGUAGCAAGAGCUUUAAUCGAACUUCAGACCUUAUUCAGCAUCAGAGAAUCCACACUGGGGAAAAACCCUAUGAAUGUAGUGAAUGUGGGAAGGCCUUCAGCCAGAGCUCACAUCUUAUUCAGCAUCAGAGAAUCCACACUGGGGAGAAACCUUAUGAAUGUAAUGAUUGUGGGAAGACCUUCAGCUGUAGCUCUGCUCUCAUUCUGCAUCGGAGGAUCCAUACCGGGGAGAAACCUUACGAAUGUAAUGAGUGUGGGAAAACCUUUAGCUGGAGCUCCACCCUUACUCACCAUCAGAGGAUCCACACUGGCGAGAAACCAUAUGCCUGUAAUGAAUGUGGGAAGGCCUUCAGCAGGAGUUCCACCCUUAUUCAUCAUCAGAGAAUCCACACUGGAGAGAAACCCUAUGAAUGUAAUGAGUGUGGGAAGGCCUUCAGCCAGAGCUCACACCUCUAUCAGCACCAGAGAAUCCACACUGGAGAGAAGCCCUAUGAAUGUAUGGAAUGUGGAGGAAAGUUUACCUAUAGUUCAGGCCUUAUUCAGCAUCAAAGAAUCCACACGGGGGAGAAUCCCUAUGAAUGUAGUGAGUGUGGGAAAGCCUUCAGGUACAGCUCAGCUCUUGUUCGCCAUCAGAGAAUUCACACUGGAGAGAAGCCUUUGAAUGUAAUGGAUAUGAGCAAAAGUUCUCUCAGAGUUACUGCUGAGUUAAGUAUCAGAGAGUCUACAUGAAAAAGCCACACACCUGUUUUCUUCACUUCCUCUGAGUCUCAAGAGCUCUUGCCUUACUGUAUAGUACAAACAACUUAGGAUCUGUCCCUUCUAAUUCCAACCUUUCACUUUAGAGAAUGGGGCAAAUUGGGCAAAUCAUCCUGGCACAGUGAUCAGCAGCCUAGUGAAUUUUGCCCGGAAUCCUGCCGGCCUUGGAAAAUGACGAGGCCAGCCGCAUAUCACGUGCUGGGAAUAGAAGGAAGCUCUGGGACCAGUCACCCCAUAUUGGAAGGGAGUUUGCACUAAUCCAUUUUCCUCACAGUAGAGAAGCCUUUCCAAGGUGGGGAUGGAAGCACAGUAGGGACAAAAUUCCAAGGAUUCCUCUAGUUGGAGUAAGUCAGCACAGAAAGCAGUGUAGAGAAUGUUCUGGGUCCUGUUACUUGCUAGGAAGGGGAAAUAGAGGCUAUAUUUCAAAGCCACUGUUCCUAAUCCAGCUUUAAGUUUUGCUGAGGAACAUACUGUUUUGUUUCAUGAUUUCAUUAAUUAUGGAAAUUUGGUGUUGAGGGAUUUAUUAAGGUGGGGAGAAAAGACCCCCCAAAAUUUUCUGUGAUGACUAUAUCGUUGAAGGCUCUUGAAGCAGCAAGACCAUGUUUCCAGGAGCAGUCUGGCAAUAUUGUAGGCAGACCCCUGCCGUCCCCUGUUGUAACAGGGCUGACUGGGAAAUCCAUCCAGGCAGUGAAUAACCUGAAGGCAAGGAUCAGAAGCAUUCAGCAUUGGUUUCUUGAGUCCUGUCCUCUCUCCCCCAUUCCCCUUCUGUGAUGAAAAGUGAUUUUAUCUAAACCCCUAGUUACUAAUGAUGCUUUCAAGGAGCUCACUCAUCCUGCUUGCCCUGCCCUCUGCCACCUCUUGACAUCUGGCGCCAGCAGCCAGACCACACUCUUGACUCCAUCUCUGACUAUUCACCAGCUGAGGAUUAAUGCAAAUAAAUAGCAAAGCCCAGAGGAGGAAGGCUGUGGCCUGAGCCUGGUGACAGGGCUCCUUACUGGGUUGGAUGGAGCUCCCUGAGUUUUCCCAACCAAAAGGAUGGCCUUCCAUUGUGUUUUCCCAAACCUGCUCAUCCUGUAGCAUAACUGAAGUGCACUAUUAAACAGAAUAGUUUUUCAGAAG